CCAGUGGCUGAGAUACGAAAACCUAUCCUCCUGCUAUUCUUUUCUUGCAGCAAUCUAUUCUUCACCUCAAAGUGAAUCCAAAUAAUUAAUUUGUUUAGAGGCUUCUUCUCCUCAGCAGCUCAGCUUCUGUCUCUCCAUGGAUACCCUGUCAAGCCCCGUACCUUCCUUGAACAUCUCCAGUUCACUUCAUUCGACACCUCGUGAAUUCUAUCAUUUCAAGAAUCCCAAAUCAUCUCAUCAUCAUUUUCUUCCUCCAAAUCCCUAUUUUUGUUAUUCUGUUGCUAAACCUGCAAAUUCCAUCUCCACUAAAGCCACACUUUUAGGUACUUAUCCAUUCCUUUCUUCCUCUCAACACUCAUCUCCCAAACAAUCUCCAUCAAGAACAGAAACAGCCCACCAGAAAGCCGCCAGCGGCUAUGCGACGGCGCUUUUAGACGUGGCUCAGUGCAACAGCUCGCUUGAAGAGGUGGAGAGGGAUGUAAAGAGGCUAUUGAAAUGGCUAAGUAAUGAACAGAUCCGAGUUGUAUUGAAUGACCCUUGUGUCGAAGAGAAAGAGAAGGGACGUGUAAUGAAGGAGGUUGCAGAAAAGGGUAGGUUUCAUAGGCAUUUGGUGAAGUUGGUGAAGUUGCUGAUAAAGAAAAAUAAGGUGGGAAUGGCGAGUGAAGUUUUGCAGGAGUUUGAGAGGAUUUAUGAUGAGUUGAAUGGGACUCAAUUGGUAUUUAUUCCAUCUGAAAUGAAAAAGAUGGAAUUGAAGCACAAGGAAAAUCUCCUUUUUGGGAUUGCUAAGAGGGCUCAAAAGCUCAGUGGGGCUAUCAAAGUGAAGGUGAAGCAUUGCAGUUUUAGUAGCCUUCAAGAAAAAAUUUAAGUUAAAUUUCAAUAAAAUACACUACCUUCGAUUGUAUUUUCAUAUGAUUUUGCUUGUAAUUCAGAUUAGUUAGAUAAUGAAUCUGGUUAUUGUAAUAGAAUAGUUUUA